AGCCUUUCUUUAGCUUCUCAGAUAUGUGAAAAACUAACAAGUUAGGACCAAAUGAUCUCCUCAAAGUUAAGGUGAUAAUGCAUCUUGUCUUUAAAGGCCAUAAGUGUAGAACAACUCAGAUGGAUGCCUCGGACAAUCGACAAAAACAAAUUUUAUGAAACCUCUGAAGACGCGCACAAUGCAUGCCAGUCGACAGAGAUUUGUUUUUAAGUGGCAUACAUUCCAAAAAACAACAACAACAACACAAAAAAAACAAUGAGCGUUAAUUUUCACGAAUUAACUUCAAAACUCAACACCUCACCCGUGACCAAAAUGUGCCAUUACUACAAUUCAAAUUUCUUAUCUUUAACCAAACGUUGAAGGUUUCACGGCACAUAAUUUUUGUUUUGUAGUUGGAUAGACACGGAGUGCUUAUCCCAGUGGAGGAACAGACAUAUAUCUUGAUGACACCGUACUUACAAAGACUGUUCUCGUCAAGCGAGAAGAGCCUACUAAGGGAAUACACAAAAGUAGCACCGGUGCCAUUUUCAAUACCCGUAGAAUGAUUUGAUUGGUCUAAGUUCAUGGAAUCUGCCCGUGACUUUAUGGGACCAAACUUUAUGCAAUUUUUCAUGCUUUUGGCCGGGUCGCUGUCUGCCUUUCACUACCAAAAGGUUCUUUCUGUCAUCGGUAAGUAUGCUUGUUUAAUAGCACAUUGCAUGACAAAUCAAACGAGUCAACUGACGUCAUGUAAAAUGACAUAUUUUCAAAUCAAUGAAAGAAAAAUGAGAUAUUGAAAGUUAAUUUCCGUUUUCUUAAAAUUUGUUUUGGGGAGCGGUAGCUAUAGUCUGCAGUUUACACAAAGGAAACGCCGUAUGUAACCCUAUGAUAAAGAGCGAGGGCGAACGCCGCAUAUCAAUAAAGUCAACCGAGGUCACGAUUAAAAAUGGAAAAAUGUACCCACUUGCCGACUUUGCAUCGAGACGACUUUGUAUUUCCUGCAGCGCUCCAAUAGCCUGUUGAACCCAUCUCCUAUUUCACAAAUGUAGCUAAGGAGUACGUCUUUCACCAAGAAAGGAAAAAAACGGCAUUGCAAACAUGUACGCUAUGCGUUUUAAAGUAACUUUGAUUUGAUCAUCCUGCUAAUACAGGUUCCUGCCCAGCUCCCAUGGCUAUUGGUGAGACUGGCAGUAGAAAGUCAACUUGCUUGCAACUGAUACACAAGCUUCUCGGAGGAACGCUGGUGUCUCAGUCCUCGGGCGAGUCAGUUGCCAGCGAGCUUGUUAAGAGUACUUUCCCCGUGUACUGGGACGAUCCCGCCCACCCCAAAACAGUAAAAAAAGUCCUCGUUUCCACCUUCCAAGGCGGCGGGAAACAGACCAAAGGGAGUGGAAACGAGGUUCCCCUCACCACCUUUGUUAUGACGGUGAACUUCUCCUUGGAUGAGGAUAUGAGGUAUGCUUGUGGUUAUCAUAUUGACAUUGAGUUCUUACAUAAAAAAAGAAAAAAAAAUCCUCUGAUGUGAUAUAAACAUAUGUUGGUGUUCUGAAAUUCUUUGUUAAAAUUAGCUAAAAUUUACUAAGGUCGCAUCUUCAUCGUAGAAUAGAGAGUACUUGUGAUAGAACAUCUUGUGUGAGUUAGUUACGAUGGUUCCCUGGUCCCAGAGGUUUUUCUUAAUUUUUCUACGAGAGAGCCGCGAAGCGGUGAAAACACGAGUCGCGAUUCUACACUCAACUUGAACAACGUUGAACAUACCAAGGCCAUAUUUAAAGUCCAUGCCUGAGUGAUUAAUUUAGCGAUCUGUGCCUUUGUUUUAAAGAUCCUUUGAGCGCACAACGCCGAUUCUAUUUGAAAAAUUGAUAACCAAAUCUGUUGACGAUGCAUUCAUGAGAGAGAAGAGGGAAUUAUUUGACAGAGCGAACACGUCUUGUCUUCCAUCAGUCAUAAGGAUGGGGAGAGAUCUGCGUGAGGAAGACCUUCAGCAGCAUGUUUCUUUCUUCCGUGAAAAGCUUGUUGGCCUCCCAAGCCGGCUGCCAAGCAUUUAUAGCUGCUAUUGCUACUUUGCAAAGGAGGUGAGUGAAAUCUGGUUCAUCGAUCCAAGAUACUUUGUUUUAAUAGCUUUCAGCUCUAAAACUAGAAUCUGUCUCAAAAUUGUUGCUACACUCCUACGAAAUAGGCGAACUUUGCCCGAUUUUUUGCAUAAGAAAGUCCGGAAGAAAUAAAAUGGAUCAUUCUUCGUUUAUCCCUAUCCUAAUCCCCCCUUCCUAAUUCAUCAUUUCUUAACAGAAGUUUCAUUUAACAUUCUCUCUAAGCUCACCAUAUUUUGGGAGAGGCAGGCUGACAAAAUAAAUUUCACGAAAAAUUAGACCCUCAUGUCAGACACAAAUUGUUUUUACUGUUUGCAAAGGAUUUAACAUAUUUUUGGGACUUAUUUGUAACUGUAUUAGGCACUCGUGUUGCACUAAUCUUCGAAAACAAUUCGCAAGUUUGAAAAAAAUGCAGUCACCGCAGCGAUCACACCGCAGUAUGCCUCUUCCUGUGUGCAACUUUUGUGUGCAACUUUUGUCCGUGAAUGAGCUUAAUUUUUGCAGUUCGCUGCAUUGACCCAGCCAAAGUCACCAUGUAAUUAAAUCAAUUGAAAUUAACGCUAUACAAAUUUUCAUCGUAGCUUAUUGAUAAUGUUAACGACCCAACGGUAAUGACACUGGAGGAAUUUGACAAACAUGUCACUGAAAAGCUGGUGCCAUAUGUCAUGUCCCAGUACAACACCACAACCAAAGUCAUGGCCACCCUGGAGCAACUUUUUUCGGACCUCAUAUCUGCAGUGGGGAAAACAAAUGCCCAAGAGGUACUGAAAAAAUCACGUAGAAUUGAGUUUCCUUACUCAAUGAGACCCUGCUCAACGAACCCUGCUCACAAAAUCACAUACAAGGAAGUUGAAGGCUGGGUUCCACUGUAUUCCUGUAUUCACAGUAUUUUCUUCAGAAUCGUGUGUGUAUUUUGUGUGCAGUACUCACGUUUGGAUGUGAAGAAGAGACAAAAAUUCUUUUUGAAUUGCGGGAGGGGGGUGGAGGAGGGGGGGGACAGGGAGGCAAUGUUCCCACCUAAAGAAUCGAAAUAAAUUAAAACCAUAUCUACGGUUUUCUGAACGAAAAAAUAAAAAUUGUUAGACAAGGAGGUUGACAUUGUUUACCUUAUAGCAAAUCACCCUAAAUGCGAAUUUGUAAAAUACCUUUAGUAACACGAGCGUUAACUUACAGUAAAAAAGCAUGACAGUGGCUUAAUUCGAUAAUGACUGACUGAUUAUGUUUAUAUUUGAUCUUACAUUUUUUAAAGGUCCAAAAAUGGAUAAGACCCAGUGUUAACCAGCACAAUGCCAGACAGGGAGGUCCAGCCAUGCACAUCCACAAGGCGGAGUUGACAAGAGUUUUGGCAAGGGCAGGGACCCCGUACUCGUCAGCCAAUUAUUCUACUUUGUGUUCUGGCAUAAACGGGGCCAGUGACGACUUCCGAAGCAGCUUCGGAAAAUCACACCGAGAGCUAUCGAUCAAGAUUCCUCGAGAAGCUGUGAAUAAGGACCAGCUUAAAAUCAUCGACAGUUGGUUUUGCAUCGACCUAGAUGACAAAGAAGACAACGAGGAUAGUGAAUGCGCAGACACAGACAACACACGUGAAGACUGCCGAAAGCUGUCUGAAGAAAUCACUUUACUUAAAACGAAAAUGCGGGAGAGGGAGGUGAGAAUUCACCAGGAGUACGAGGAGAAGAUUGGGACAAUGAAAGAGAGACUCCUUGAGGAGAGAGAAAGAAGUGAGCGAGAACUUCUUUCCGCUAGGAAAACAAUAGAACAACUACAAAUGGAAUUGGCACAGACGAGAAGGGUUGAAAAACAACCGGACGGUCCUGUCGUAACCAGCAGCCUGGCAAAAAUCACGGAAGGUGAGUGUCUCUUACCGGGGAAUGCACGGGGUCUCCUGUCACCUUAUAUGAGGAGUAACACCUCCUUUUUCACUGCUAAAAAAUCUCUCGUCCUGUAAAAAAUACAUACGAAAAAUACACUUUCCAUCUAAACCAUUAAUUUCAUUCUGUUUUGUUUUAGACCUGCCAAGCGAUGAAUCUAUAAAUGAUUCAGGUGAGCUGUGUGCUUUUGAGAGGAAAAAAUUAAACGUUUAGUCAGCAAAACAAAAGUCAACAAUCCUGCACCAA